AUGCUGCCUGCCGUAGUGAAGCUCUGCUGUGGAAUCUCCUACCCUCACCUCAGGACCAUGGCAGGACUGCAACGGCCAGCUCUCGCAGCGAUCGGCCAGGAACUUGCUCACAUGCAGAGGAGUGGGCAGACCCAACUACCAGCAUGGACCAACCAUACGGGUUGGCAGACUGGCACCGCUCAGCAUCAGCACAUCCCAUUGAAAGAGGAUGAGCUGCUGUACAUAAGGCGAGGCCACGAGGCGCUGACCAAGGCUCUGGACAUUGUGGAGGAUAAGGACGGAUGGGCAACAGAACUCACAGAGGAGAACGGGGUUGUGGUCUACAGUAAAGUGUUGCCGGGGGACAGGAAGGUCUUCAGACUGGAGACUGUGUUAGAAGCCACCCCAGAAGAGAUACAUCACAUCCUGUGGAAGGUCGAGGAGAUGCACCAGUGGAACCCAAGCAUCAAAAACAUCAAGGUUCUAAAGCAAGCUGGCCCGGAAACCAUGGUUACGCAUGAGGUGUCAGCAGAGACAGCCGGCAACCUGAUAGCGAGAGACUUCCUGAGUGUGAGACACUUCUCCAGACAGGAGUCAUGUAUCUAUCUGGGGGGAGCAGCCACGCACCUGGAGUCCUUCCCUCCUCAGAAAGGCUUCGUCAGAGCGGAGGAUGGUCCAACUUGUAUUAUCAUCGAGGCCCUGGCAAACCAAACAGGAAGGAGUCACUUUACCUGGCUCCUCAACAUGGAUGUUAAGGGCUGGUUGCCAAAGUCAAUCGUCAAUCAAGCGUUGCCGCGAGCGCAGGUGGAUUUCACCCGGUAUCUGCGCAGACGGCUGGCCGAGGGACCCACUCAGCGACACACACACCACCAUGCUCCCACAGAGUCCGGAGCCAGACAACCACCACACUAAUUGGAGUUGAGUGCUUGAGGGCAGAGACAGAGACAGAGACAGACGUAGAGAGCGACUGCAGGACCAGGCUACCAUUCACACACAAGAGAGACAGAACCGUCUGCAGGCUGGCUCUGGCCUUUCACUAGGAGCACCCAGAGGAGAGCCACCACCGCUGUGAAGACAUGCCAGGGUGCCCUCUCUGCCACGGUGUGUGACAGAUGCGCACAAACACGCACGGGAAGUGUUGGAGAAGCUACUCU